AUGUGUGAUAUGGAAAAUAUGAAGCUUCCGGUGAGGAAUUAUGCUGGGCAGAUGUCUCCAAAGGAGCAAAGGGACACUGUAGCCAAGAAUGCUGCUAGAGGGUGGAUGCCAAACUCUGGAUCAAAGAAAGAUUGUCAUUUUCUCUAUCUGCAUGUCAAUAGUGAACACACAGACGGUCUUGCCCGGACUUACAGCACUGACCUUCCAGCCAUUCUUUCCAAUGGAUCUUAUAAGGUCCAAUUCUCAGCAUAUGUUUUUGGCAAUUAUAAUGGCACCAUUUCAUUCACUGUACAAGAAGAUGAAGGAGCAGCCAAUGGCAGUGUGGCACUACUGAUAUGGGAAAAGUCAGGGAGCUGGAGAGAUCAUUGGUUUCUCAUAACUUUGGAAAUGCCAAGCCUUCAGAACAGCUUUCAUCUGGAGCUCCUCGCUAACUGGGGUUGGAAUUCACAAGCUGAUAUUGCUGUGGACAACAUUACCUUUGGUCUGGAUUGCUUCUCUAAUGGAAGAAAACAAAGCCACACUGAUGGAGAACAGCACUACUCAUUGGCAAUUGAUAGACUGGAUGAGCGUCUUUUUAAUCCUUUGGAAGAACCUCUUCUUUUAGCGGAAACACCUGUCAAUCUCUGGUGGUUUACAACCUGUGGGGCUAGUGGGUCUCGAGGACCAACUCAAGCACAGUGUGAUAGCGCUUAUCACAACACCAAUAUGUCAGUGACUGUGGAAAAAGAGGGACAUCUACGAGGGGUACAAAUCUGGAAAGUGCCAGCGUCAAACCGAUAUACGAUUUCAGCCUACGGAGCCGCUGGAGGGAAAGGAGCCAAGAACCACAACAAACGGUCUCAUGGGAUUUUUAUCUCUGCUAACUUCCAUCUGGAAAAAGAUGAGCUCCUCUACCUGUUGGUGGGGCAACAAGGGGAAGAUGCCUGCCUAAGGAUUAACUAUCACACUAAGCAGAUUUGCCUGGGGGAAUCCUCAGAAAUUGAAGAAGAAUACAAAAAAGCGAAGCGACUGACCGAAUGGGCUGGAGGAGGGGGUGGGGGCGGAGGAGCCACCUAUGUGUUUCGACAGCAGAAGGAUGGAGCUUUUGAACCUUUGCUUGUUGCGGCAGGGGGUGGAGGAAAAGCUUAUCUGAAGGCGCAGGAGAGCUCCCUGGACGAUGCGUUCUUGGAACAGUAUGUGAACAGUUCGGCAAUACCUGGGGUCAGUGGGAGAACUGGAGCAGCAGUUUUUGUAGGUGGACGUGCUUCUGAAACGGAUGACAUUACUGCUGAUGGACAGCAUGGUGUUUCCUUUGUGAAUCCAAUUGGGGAGAUCUUCCUGAGCCCUCUAGCAGUUAUGGAAAGUCACGGUGAAAUAGCCAUUGAAGUCUAUGUGAAUUGCAGCCAUUGUCAAUCAGGUAUCUGCAAACAAGAACCUGGCAGUCACCUACCUGUCUGUAUUUGUGCAGCUGGGGCCAUCUUGGCUAAUGACAAUGUUUCCUGCACAGUUAUCCGGGAACCCAUUCCAGAAGAGCACUUGCCUCUCCCAUUCCUCUUGACAGUGAUUGCUGUGAUUGUGGUGCUUGUUAUGAUUCUCAUUUGUGGUAGCCUAUCAAUUGUUUAUCAUCGAAAGAAAAAGAGGCUAGAAGGAACCAGAGCCCAUCUGCAGAAUCCAGAUUAUAACCUAAGCAAAAUCCGUACUUCUACUAUCAUGACAGAUUAUAACCCCAACUACAGCUUUGCAGGAAAGAUGGCCACGCUCAGUGAACUUAAAGAGAUCCCGCGAAAGAAUAUUUCUUUACUUCAGGAACUUGGACACGGGGCAUUUGGUGAAGUUUACAAAGGAACAGUGGUGGGAAUCACAGGAGAUCCCAGUCCUCUACAGGUGGCUAUCAAGACAUUGCCCGAAAUCUCUUCAGAACAGGAUGAGAUGGAUUUCCUAAUGGAAGCACUGAUAAUCAGUAAGUUCAGUCACCAGAAUAUAGUGCAGUGCAUUGGGGUGAGCCUGCAAACGCUGCCUCGUUUUAUCCUUUUGGAGCUGAUGACUGGAGGAGAUAUGAAGAGCUUCCUACGGCAGAAUCGGCCUCGGGAGAAUCAGCCAUCUGCUUUAAUGAUGCUGGACUUGCUCAAUAUUGCCAGGGAUAUUGCUUGUGGUUGCAAAUAUCUUGAGGAGAACCAUUUCAUUCACCGGGAUAUAGCUGCAAGGAAUUGCCUUUUGACCUGUUCUGGUCCUGGGCGAGUAGCCAAAAUCGGUGACUUUGGAAUGGCCCGAGAUAUCUACAGGGCAAGCUAUUAUCGCAAAGGUGGGCGAGCCAUGCUUCCGGUCAAGUGGAUGCCUCCAGAAGCUUUCCUGGAAGGCAUCUUCACUUCCAAGACAGACACCUGGUCCUUUGGAGUGCUGCUUUGGGAGAUUUUCUCCUUGGGCUAUAUGCCUUAUCCAUGCAAAACCAACCAGGAAGUAUUAGAGUUUGUUACCAGUGGAGGAAGAAUGGACCCUCCCAAGAAUUGUCCUGGACCUGUCUAUCGGAUCAUGACACAAUGCUGGCAGCACAGUCCUGAAUACCGUCCAAAUUUCUCUACAAUCCUGGAAAGGAUCAAGUACUGCACACAAGACCCCGACGUGAUCCAUACUGAAUUACCCAUUGAAUGCAGCCCCACACCCGAGGAUGAAGGAAGCACUGUGCUACAUCCAAAUAGCAACACAGGGAUAAUUCCUUUGCUUGGGAAUCAGUGCCCUCAGAUAAACCACCAAGCAUUUGAAGAACAUGAUUCUGGGAACAAAUAUGGACAAUGUCCCCAAGAGUUAUUAGUGGAGAACCUUAGUAACUGGAGAGCAAGAGGACCAAGCUUACCACGUUUCAACUAUUCCAGCAGUGGGGCUUGGGCUCAGCCAGUCUUAAACCAGAAUCUGGAUUCCGUAAGUCAACCAGCACAUAAGUUGAAGAACAAAACCAAAAACCUUUGGAACCCAACGUACGGAUCCUGGGUCAUGGAGAAUAAUUGCCAAUCCAGUCCCAGCUCUAAACUCAACACAAUGCAAGAGCGAGAAGAUUCAGGAUUUGAUGGGAAUUAUAGUCCCUCCCCUAGUUCUCGGGCAUCACCUUCAUCUCCAGGUCAGAACCAUUCCCCUCACAUUGAUAUUGGUGGCAUUGAACUGGUGAAGCUGCAGAAUUUCCCUUGUGGCAAUGUGAAUUAUGCUUAUGAUGACCUCUGCUAUGAAAUAGGUCACCCUUCACCUUUGGCUGCAGAGCCAGCCACAGUCAUGAGGAGUGGAAGUCUGCACAGGGAUAGCAAGCUUGUUUUCAAGACAGAGAAAACCUCAAGGGAGAGAGAUUCUGGCCUCUCCUUGUCUGAUGAUCUGAAUGUUACUCCUGUAUAA